AAUAGAUUUACUUUUCCCUUGAAUUAUAAGAAAAUUUUGUUUUUGAUAAGGAUACAAGUGUCCUUUUAUUAUUUUUAUUUUUUCAAAUGAACCAAUGUUAUUGAUAUUCAAAUAAUAAUGUCUAUAAGUAGAUUUUUAAAAUUUUCAUCAUUAGCUGGUAUCGGUGGUUAUACUGGUUAUGUUCUUCAUCAAAAUGAUUGGAAUCCAAGACAUAUCGGUAUAGUUCGUUUUGGUUUUGCUGCAUAUGCUGUCGGUCAGAUUGCAUUUGAUUAUAAAUUUUCCGUAUUAAAAUUACGUGAUGAUUCGGAAGAAACUUUGGAAAAAUGGUCACAAUGUCAUCAACGUGCAGCUAAUCGUUUAUUACGAUUAUGUUCAACAAAUGGUGGUGUAUUUAUUAAAGUAGGUCAACAUAUAGCUGCAUUAGAUUAUCUUGUACCAAAAGAAUAUGUAAAUACAUUGAAAGUUCUGCAUAGUCAAGCACCAAGAUCAAAAUUUUCUGAUAUUAAAAAAGUAAUCGAAAAAGAACUUGGCGAUAAACUUGAUAAUAUAUUCGAUGAAUUUGAUGAAAAAGCCAUUGCUUCAGCAUCAUUGGCACAAGUUUAUCGUGCAAAGCUUUGUAAUUCAAAUGAAACGGUUGCCGUCAAAGUACAACAUCCAAAAGUAUUUCAACAUAGUUUAGUUGAUAUUGCUACAAUGGAAUUUUUAUUCAAUGUAAUCGAUCGAUUAUUUCCUGAAUUUUCAUUAAUGUGGCUUGUAAAUGAAACCAAACGUAACAUACCAUUAGAAUUGGAUUUUGUUAAUGAAGCUAAAAAUUCGGAAAAAAUUGCAAUUUUAUUAAAAGAUUUACAAUGGUUAAAAAUACCACAUAUAUAUUGGAAAUAUACAACGAAAAGAGUUUUGAUGAUGGAAUUUGUUGAAGGAACAUCCAUUACAGAUAAAGAAUUUUUCUUAGCAAAUCGAAUGAAUUGUCAGGAAAUUGCAAAUCGUUUUGAAAAUAUGUAUGGUAGAAUGAUUUAUACAUAUGGUACUGUACAUUGUGAUCCACAUCCCGGUAAUGUUUUGGUGAAAAAAACAAGCAAUAAAGAUUUUUAUCUUUAUCUUCUUGAUCAUGGUCUUUAUACUCAAUUAACCGAUGAAUUUCGUCAAAAUUAUUCAGCAUUUUGGAUGGCAAUAUUUCGUGGUGAUUUAAAACAGAUUCAAGAACGUGCCAUUCGUAUGGGUAUCGAAGAAAAAGAUGCACAAUUAUUAUCCUGUAUGGUAACAGCUAAACCAUGGUCAGCAAUAUCACGUGGUCUAGAAAAUCGUCCCAAAGAUCAAACUAUUAUCAGUGAAGAGAAAAAUGAACUAAGAAAAAAUGCAUCAUUAUAUGUUCAUAAUAUAUCACAAAUAUUGGGCAAAGUUGAUCGUCAAUUAUUAUUAAUAAUGAAAACAAAUGAUCUUAUACGUAAUAUAAGUCAUGUUUUAGGUUGUGAUGAACGACGAUCAUUAUUAAAUAUGAAUCGUUAUUGUAUACAAACAGUUUAUGAACAACGUUUAUCACAAUGUCAAAAUAAUAAUAUUUUUAAACGUUUUGCAAUACAUUUACAAACACGUUAUUUAUAUUUUAAAUUAUCUUUAUAUUCAUUUUAUCUUUGGAUUGAUUCAUGGUUUACGACAACCAGAUUAUCUUGUUAAUUUAAUCUUCUUCUUU